AUGAGUUUGAAUUCCGUCUCCGGUGGUUCUGCCUCGAGCUCGUGGCGCGGCCGACGUCAGUUUGGGGGCUCCGAUAAUACAAUGUAUUGUGAGUGUGAAGUGGAAGGCCAGAAGAUAAGGGCUUCGAUAAUGACAUCAUGGACGGAUGAAAACCCUGGUAGAAGGUUCUAUGGAUGUCGAAAUUGGAAGAAGAAGAAUUGUGGUUUUUUUGAUUGGAUUGACGAGCCAAUUAAUGGAAGAGCUAAGCAAGUCAUUAAUGAGUUGAAGAAUGACAAUGUGAAGCUCAUAAAGGUGAAGGAAAGCUCCAUGUCGGCUGCCAUUGAUGUGGAGGCUGAAAUUGCUAAGCUCGGGGCUCUUAUGGAAGUGUUGAAGAAAGAUUCCAAAAAAAUGAGGAAGAAAAUUAGAUUCCUCACUACUCUUUUGUUUUCUUCUUGGUUGUUGUUUGGUUAUUUUGCUCUAGUUUAG